CUAGAAUUACGCCCCGCGGGAAAAUCAGCCCAAAAGCGAGUGAAAAAAACGAACAUUCUAGUAUUGUCAAUAGAAAAUAAAGCGUCAUAUCCUAUCUAGGCAUACGCAACCGACGGCCCAGUCAACACCAUGUCCGACGAGGCCUCCAAAAUAUGCGACCAAGACACAGUCCAAUCUGUGCGUGAGCUGACAGCGUCGGUCCAAGGCCUCUUAAACACCAUCAUACUGGAUCGUCAAAACUCUUCUCCCGUCAAAUCUCGAAAAGACGCGAAGGAGAGGGAUGAGGUGGUUAAAGCAAUAAACGAACAAUGUGAAAAUGGUCCCCCGGAGAGGGUCCCAGACUGGAAAGAAAUAGAGCUCAUGCCUGUAGAAGAAAUCGAGACUAAGCGAAAAGGCAACGCUCAGAAAUAUGAAGAUUUCUGGAAAGACCUCGAUGAAUCAACACAGUCAGAAAAGAAUGCUGCCCUGCAGGCGUAUACGUCGGCUUUUAGUCGCUUUCAAGAGAUAUACGAGCUCAUCGGAUGGGGUAGGAGCAAAGAUGUCAUGUUUGACAACUCCAUUCUCACGGAAAAUCGUGAUCUUCUCAUCGAGUCGAUCUUCGGGAUCGAAGCUUAUCGAAUGGCUUAUUUCAGAAUUUCCCCAGAAAAGUCUCGUUCGCUUUUCGAGAUUUCUCGCCUUCCUCGUUUGCUCACAAUUCUUGUCCGAAUCGCAUGUAGGCAGAUAUACUUUGUCGGUGCCUGUGGAGAAGGCGAACCUGUCCAAGAGAGACCAUUCAGUGCUGGCACAGUCAUAAAUGUUCUGGCGCAUGUAGCGCGCUCUCUGCGAUCAAUCGAUAUUAGCGGGGGUGUCAACAAAAUGACAAUGGAAGAGCUUCUUCAUCAAUGUUAUGCACGUCGAAUGCUAAACCAACCAGCUGCCGACGAUGUCGACACUUACGACAAACAUUUUGAGCUACUCUAUGAUUGUCUGACGGCCCUCGAUUUUACAAGAAAGUUCCGAGAAAUCAGAGAAGGUCUAUGUUUACUCUUCUACUUCCGGUACAAAUCUGAACCAAUACAUACGAUCUUUGAGCAUGUCAAGGCCCAUUCAGAGGCGACAGUCGGAAUCGACAUAUUUCCCGAGUUGCCCUUAGAGGAGAAUAUAGAGCCAACAUUUCAACCGGAGGUUUUCAGUAUUAAAUAUUUACAGGACUUCGGAGGUCUCAAUAUAGAGUGGACGGACUGUCUGGAUGAGCAUCUUAAAAUCUAUGCCGGCCGGAAUGCUAUCCGGAUUUUUGCUCAUCCUACGUUUUUCUAUAAUAACCUGGAUUUGCAUGGGGAGGAGCGCGACUAUGUCGAACCUACAUUUUACGAACUCUCUCUGACUUACGCCCUCUUGUUUCGUCCAACAUCACGUAGCAACCUCAAGCAUCUGAAACGAUACAUUACUGCUGGGAAGGAUCAGGAAAUAGCUUGGCACAAAUGCGUGACGUUUAACAGUCGUCCUAUCCAUCGUCAUAUGAGCCCUUGGGCCAAAGAAAAGACUGAUGGCAUACCAAAAAUACUGGACAUCAACCCUGUGCAACAUCCAACCAAAAAUAUCCUCUCGGAAAGCUUUUACCGUUGUACGCUUCCACCAAACAUACAAGUUGCAUUUAACAUUGCAAAGCCAUCUUCCGCAGUCAGGGGAAUCGCUGGUGCAUGGAAUCAGCACAGGGAAACAACAACCUCAAUGCGACAAAUAUCCGAAUUGGUGCCAAAUUGCCCUGAAGAUCUUGUGUUUAUGAUAACUUCUUUAAUGGAGAAUAAUUUGGAGGAUACAGAAGCAUAUAUACGGUUUGCUUAUUUUGCGCCUCGUCUUCGUCGGCUUAAAAUGUAUCUUGAUUCUCGUCAGCCAAGUACGAUCCGUGAGCUAUGGAGUGAUCGUAGGGAUUAUCGGUCAUGGUGUACAUUUUGGGGGGCUUGGAUCUUUGGUUCUUGCAUUUUGCUAUUGAUGCUCAUCAUACUAGGUGUGCAGUUGGCUCAGGUUGCGACGCUGUAUAGUCUGUAGACGCUGUUCUAGUAUUUGCUACUCACUAUCUUUAUUUAGUUGAUGCAGAAAUGGGGAUUAUUGACAGUAAAGAAAGUUUAUA